UUGAAGAAACGAAAGUGAAAUAAGCAGGAAGGGCGCGUGAUCAACUAUAUACUCUGACAUCCUCGUUGACCAGAUAGGAUCACGAUGGACGAAUAUCAUUAUCCCAUCAUUGUAGAGGGAAACUGGGAGUCUGAACACGCUAAAAGUGUGAAAAAUAAACUUCAGAUUCAUUUUCAGAGCAAGAAAAAAUCUCAGGGAGGAGACUGUGUCUUGCAAUAUAAUGACAAGAGCAACUCUGCUACUAUUCUGUUCAAAUCAUCUGUCAUCCGAGAUAGCGUGCUCUCAAAGGCAGAACACAUUAUUACUAUUGACAAUCAACAAAUCAAGCUGAAAGUGUACAAACCCAGCGAUGUAGAGGAACAGACAGGCAGCACUGGACAACAAAUGGUCCGGAGGUGUGGAUAUCAGGAACCAAAUCAAAGUGCCUCUCAGACUGAUGUGAAUGUGAAGAAGCCUCAAGAGUCAGGUGCUGUGGUCCUGGAGAACCUUCCAGAUGAUGUUAAACACGAUGUUUUAAAUCUUUUGGUGGAGAACAUCAGCAGACUUCCUCAGAAUGACUUUAGCAUGGAAUUAAUACCAGAAUUAAGAAAAGCUGUUGUGACCUUUAAAAAUACCAAUGCUGCAGAAAAAUUCCUUCAGGAAAGCAGGACACAUGAAAAGUUCAAGCAGUAUAAUCUGAGGGCCUGUGCACUGGAGAGAAGCACAUGUGUGCGGGUGGAGAAUCUUCCAGCUGAGGCCAACAACGAUAAGAUGCUGCUGGACCUGUAUUUUGAGAAAUGGGGUGGUCCAGUAGAGGAAGUUAUCACAAUUCCAUCAGACCAAGCAGCCAUUAUCAUCUUUAAGGAGGAAGAAGCCAAAGAGAGAGUUUUGAAGCAAGAGAAUAACAUCUGUAAUGUUCCAGUCAAGAUAUAUCCCUACUUUAAAUCACUGGAUACAAUCUUGUAUGGUGGCAACAGACCACAUUUGAAGCGGCCUGAACCCAUUACAAUCAGUGUACAUCCUGCCAUCAGGGAGUUCAUUCUCAAGAAAGGGCAGAUUUCCUCCAUUAAAGACCAGAUGAGCUCACACUUCUGCCACAUAAACAUGGACAAACCUGAAGUUUUGCUCAGUCCUGAUCCAGCAUUACUGAAACAGACAGGAGUUACCAGAAGAGACAUUGAUGGCUGGAGUAAGAAUGCCAUUGAUGCCUUUAAGAAAAUCAUCUCAAGCUACACAACAUCCGAGUGGCCGGUGUCACCCGCCUUGUGGUCUACAGUAGAAAGUGAUAUUAGGAAAGUAGUGAAAGAUCAGGUAUUUACAGAUUUGGAUGCCUCCAAAGGGGUGCUGACACUGGCAGGAAUGACUCACGAGAUAAUUGGAUUGAAACCCAUCAUGGAGAAAUUUUUAGAGAGAGCAACAAAUCAAAUGGUUAGAGAGCAGAACAGUGUGACUGAGUAUUUGGAGAUUUCUCCUGCCUUGUACUCUUUGCUCGAACAAGAUGGCCUGAAGGCUGUUUAUCCACAUCUGCACAUUGACUACAACAAAAAAAUGAACAGAUUAGUUCUAUCAGGGCUUGAUAAAGAAACUCUUGCCAUCAAAAAUUGGGUCCUUGAGAAGAAAAUACAUAUGAAACAGAAGCACUUACAGAUUAACUGUUCAAUCCUGGAGUUUCUGAGAUCAGUGGAUUGUGACGAAAUGUCCAGAGACCUCUUCAUAUCUCAUGGAAUAACUGCUGUCUACACAACGGAAAAUGGAGAUGUUGUUGUGAUUGGAAGCACAGAAAGAGCACUUAAUGAGGCAGAGAAGAGGUUAAAUACAGUUCUCACAUCCAAACACCUCAUUGUAGAAGAUCAGGGAGUCUUUGAAAUGACAGAGUGGCAGGAUCUCACAAAACAGCAGGAAAAUUCAUUCAGUACUUUCAAAAAGAGAUCUGUGUUUAUAAAAGUCUCUAAAAACAGAGACAAAGUAACAGUGACGGGAUUCAGAGAACCAGUGAUGCAGGUCAGUGAGGACUUAGGAUAUUUCAUUGAGAAACACGGUAGAACUGAAGAAACUGUUCGUGUCAAAUCACUUGCGGUAUCAGAAUUCAUAGAAGUCAGAAAAUCACAAGAUUGGCAGCAUUUUACUAAGUCUAAUGAGUUGAAAGUGAGUUUUGAUCCAAAGAGACCCUGGAUUAAACUGUCUGGAAAGCACACAUUUGUCCAGCCAGCUGUGACUCUAUUUAAAAAGUUGGCAGAUGAUCUCUGCACAGACAGACUGAUCAUUAAAAGCGCAGGAGCAAAGAAGUACUUCUUGGAGCAGGGUAAAACUAUGUUCUCAAUGCUGUUAAAGGAAAAAAGAUUUAUGGUGGUUCUACAGGAAGAUGAUAUGCUGGAUGCAGAGGAAGAUAAAUUCACUGAAGGUAGUUUUGAAGAUAUUGGCCAGGUCUCUUGUGAGGUUCGAAUACCAGGUGGAGUAACUAUUACUGUCAGGAAGGCAGAUAUUUGCAAGAUCAAAGUUGAUGCUGUGGUCAAUGCUGCUAAUGAAGAUCUGAAGCACAUUGGUGGAUUAGCUUUAGCACUUCUUCAAGCUGCUGGACCAAGUCUGCAACAAUAUUGUGACCUACACACAGAAGUAAAUGGGCCUCUGAAGUCUGGAGAAGCUAUCAUCACUGAUGCUGGUCGUCUUCCCUGUAAGUAUGUGGUGCACGCUGUUGGACCUCGCUUCACCGAUUCAGACAGACGUACCACUGUGCAACGCCUGAGAUGUGCUGUGAGGGAAAGUCUGAACCAAGCGUCAAGCAAAAACUGCUCUUCUAUUGCAAUUCCAGUUAUUAGCUCAGGGAUAUUUGGUUGUCCUCUUGAUCUUUGCACUGAAUCAAUCGCCAAGGAGCUGUGUGAAUACAUCGAAUAUCAUAACCACAGAGGCUCCAAUAGCACAUUAACUGAAAUUCACUUGGUUGACAAUAAUGGUGACACUGUGAAAGCCAUGACUCAAGCUAUCAGAAAGGAAUUUGCUGCUUAUAACCCCAAAAUGACUUUCCCUCAUCAAGCCAAACCCCAUGGGCAUAGUAACUAUGUACAAGAGUAUCAUGGCCAUGGCCGUGGAAACUACAACCAAAUUAACCAACAGUUUGAACGUCCCAAAAGCCAGGGAGACUUUGAAGGACAACACUCAAUGUUAAGUGUUCUUGAGACCAAAACUACACAAAAGGGACUAAAAAUCAUUCUGAGUAAAGGGAACAUUCAGAAUGCACAUGCCGAUAUCAUUGUAAACACUAUAUCAGAAGAUCUGGACCUCAGAAAAGGUGCCAUCUCCCAAGCACUCCUUCAGACUGCUGGUCAUCAGCUCCAGUCAGAAAUCACCAGAGUUGCUCGCUCAAAGAAGGUGAAUUAUGGUGAAAUGGUCAUCACAGAUGGUUAUAAAUUGAAAUGUCAAAAAGUCUUCCAUAUAGUUUGCCCAUUUUGGAAACAAGGCUCAGGAGAUAAGAUACUCAGUCAGAUAAUUAAAGAUUGCCUGAAAAAAGCAGAAAAGUGGAGAAUGGCUUCAGUCGUCUUCCCAGCUAUCGGGACUGGGAAUCUUGGCUUUCCUAAAGAUCUGGUGGCCAGAAUCAUGCUGACAGAAGUCCAGGAUUUUAAGCCUACAAACCUUCGAGAGGUAACUGUGAUUGUGCACCCUUCUGACAAGGAGAGUGUAGAGUGCUUUACCAGCGUCUUUAGACAUGGGAUUCAGGGUCAAGCACAUCGAUAUGACCUGCCUAAAAAUAACACUUCUGGCAAAUCAGCUCAGAAAUCUGAGCUUGGUGGCAAAGUCUCCUCUCCCUCUCAUGGAGUGCACAGUAUGCAGCUGGAUCAGGUGACUCUGGAGGUUUCUUCAGGAGACAUAACUAAAGAAAAAACUGGUGUCAUUGUCAACUCCUCAAACCAGACAUUUUCACUGAAAGCAGGAGUAUCCAAGGCCAUAUUAGCUGCUGCUGGAGUACAAGUGGAAAAAGAAUGUUCACAGAUUGUGAGAUCAUCAAACAUGCAGAAAACAGAGAUUGUGACUUCAGCUGGGCGACUUCCAUGUAGAAACAUCAUCCAUGUUAUUGGACGCAGUAGUCCAUCUGACAUUAAGGAUGUUGUUUUGUCUGUUCUGAAGUUAUGUGAGGCACGCCAAAUUACUUCUGUUGCCUUCCCAGCUCUUGGCACUGGUGCUGUCCAUUUCUUCUGAUCAUCCUUGAGAUGGUUCUACACCUUCAUUUGAGUCCAGCUGUGUUUGAUUAUACUGAUUGGACUUGAUUAGGAAAGCCACACACCUGUCUAUAUAAGACCUUACAGCUCACAGUGCAUGUCAGAGCAAAUGAGAAUCAUGAGGUCAAAGGAACUGCCUGAGGAGCUCAGAGACAGAAUUGUGGCAAGGCACAUAUCUGGCCAAGGUUACAAAAAAAAAAUUCUGCUGCACUUAAGGUUCCUAAAAGCACAGUGGCCUCCAUAAUCCUUAAAUGGAAGAUGUUUGGGACGACCAGAACCCUUCCUAGAGCUGGCCGUCCGGCCAAACUGAGCUAUCGGGGGAGAAGAGCCUUGGUGAGAGAGGUAAAGAAGAACCCAAAGAUCACUGUGGCUGAGCUCCAGAGAUGCAGUCGGGAGAUGGGAGAAAGUUGUAGAAAGUCAACCACCACUGCAGCCCUCCACCAGUCGGGGCUUUAUGGCAGAGUGGCCCAACGGAAGCCAUAAAGCAUGGAGUUUGCUAAAAAACACCUGAAGGACUCCAAGAUGGUGAGAAAUACGAUUCUCUGGUCUGAUGAGACCAAGAUAGAACUUUUUGGCCUUAAUUCUAAGCGGUAUGUGUGGAGAAAACCAGGCACUGCUCAUCACCUGUCCAAUACAGUCCCAACAGUGAAGCAUGGUGGUGGCAGCAUCAUGCUGUGGGGGUGUUUUUCAGCUGCAGGGACAGGACGACUGGUUGCAAUCGAGGUAAAGAUGAAUGCGGCCAAGUACAGGGAUAUCCUGGAUGAAAACCUUCUCCAGAGUGCUCAGGACCUCAGACUGGGCCGAAGGUUUUCCUUGCAACAAGACAAUGACCCUAAGCACACAGCUAAAAUAACGAAGGAGUGGCUUCACAACAACUCCGUGACUGUUCUUGAAUGGCCCAGCCAGAGCCCUGACUUGAACCCAAUUGAGCAUCUCUGGAGAGACCUAAUAAUGGCUGUCCACCAACGUUUACCAUCCAACCUGACAGAACUGGAGAGGAUCUGCAAGGAGGAAUGGCAGAGGAUCCCCAAAUCCAGGUCAGGGAGGUGCAAAUCCAGCUAAUAUUGCAGAUGCAAUGGUUGAUGCAGUUGUUGACUUUGUGAAGAAAAACAAACCAGUGCAUGUAAAAUUUGUGAAGUUUCUUAUAUUCCAGACGAACAUGGUGGAACACUUUCACCAAAGCAUGAUCAGAAGAUCUGGUGAGAAAGUAGAAGAGGAUAAAAGUCUGUUUACCACAAUUAAAGAAUCUCCCAGAAAUGAAGAGUUUGUAAUGAUUGGUCAAGAAAUUGAGCCAGCUGUGUUUCAACUCUGUGGUGAGACACCAAAGGACCUGAGUGAAGCCAGAGACAUGAUCAACAGCAUGAUAUUACAGGAGCAGGUGACCAUCCCAAUCCGUGAUCCAGCCAUUGCUCAUUUCACCAGAGAGGAUGGAGAAAUGCUGAAUGCCAUGCAGAGGGAGCUCACAGUCAGUGUCCGGCUUGAGAAGAAAGGCCAAGACUCUGUAAUCACACUGGAGGGUCUGACAAGAGAUGUUCAAAUUGCAGACAGUCGCAUUCAAGACAUGAUCUGCAAGGUAGAAAAGAACCAAAGCCGAAGCAAGGCACUUCUCAUUAGCAGUGUGGUUAAGUGACAAUAUCAGAAAAAUGGAAGCAGCAUCAAAAACUUUGAUAUUUUGACCAAUUAAAACCUGGAACAGGCUAUUCAGAAGAGACAGCCUACAGUGAGAAUCAAGAUUAACAAUGAUGAAUAUGAGGCUGAUUUAGUUCGCAAAGUGGCCACAAAAGGGAAAGUGAGGAUUGAACUGAUCAGAAUAGAACUGUAAAGUGAGAUUAUUUUAUAAUUAAGACAUUGACUAGAAUGGCAUCAUGUACAAAGAUUACUUAAUCAAGUUUGAGGUUUUUCAUCUUGUUGUUCGCAGUAGCUCAAAGCUAUUUCCAGUUGCACUGGAUAUAAACUAAAUGCUUAUUCUUGCCUUUUGAUUGAAAGAGAACAGAACAGCACACUUUGGAGAACUUCUUGACCAAAGAAGAACUGGAAGAUAAAAAAACAAUGAAAAGCAUCUCUUCCACGGCACUGGCCAGAUCUACAGUCAUUGGUUCAGUCACAGUUUCACUGGCAUGCAUGGUAUCAGUCAAAUUCAAUAUGGAAAUAGUAUAUAUUUUGCUGUGGACCCAAGUUACUCAGCCCAAGGCAACUCUAAACCUGAUAUCAACGGACAUAAAUGCUUGUACCUUGUAAUUCUUAUGAUUUAAAUCAAGGAGUGAAAUCUUGUUUCCUCUAAGAAGAGCUCCAAUAGCAACAGUGUGACUGACAACAUUACCAACCCAACCAUGUUUGUGAUCUUCAAUGAUGUACAAGCUUACCCAGAAUACUUAAUCACUUUCCAGUAAUGAUUAUGAGAUCUCAGUUUCUGUCAGCUAGUCUUUUUUGUUGCUGUUUUAUGUUGAUUUGGUGAAGGUGAACACAUGAUGUAUAAGUAUAUAAUGUACAGUAUGUGUAAUAAUUACUGGCAUGAAUUACAGUGUAUACUAUACAGUGCAUCUGGAAAGUAUUCAUAGCACUUCACUUUUUCCACAUUUUGUUAUGUUACAGCCUUAUUCCAAAAUUGAUUAAAUUCAUUAUUUUCCUCAAAAUUCUACAAACAAUACCCCAUAAUGACAAUGUGAAAGAAGUUUCUUUGAAAUCUUUACAAAUAUUUUUUAUAAAAAAAAUAAAAACAUAAAAAAAUCACAUGCACAUUAGUAUUCACAGCCUUUGCUCAAUACUUUGUUGAAGCACCUUUGGCUCCACUUACAGCCUCAAGUCUUUUUGAGUAUAAUGCUACAAGCAUGGCACACCUAUUCUUGGGCAGUUUCUCCCAUUUGUCUUUGCAGGACCUCUCAAGCUCCAUCAGGUUGGACAGGGAGUGUCGUUGCACAGCCAUUUUCAGAUCUCUCCAGAGAUGUUCAAUCGGGUUCAAGUCUGGGCUCUGGCUGGACCACUCAAGGACACUCACAGAGUUGUCCCGUAGCCACACCUUUGUUAUCUUGGCUGUGUGCUCAGGGUCGUUGUCCUGUUGAAAGAUGAACUGUUGCCCCAGUCUGAGGUCCAGAGCGCUCUGGAGCAGGUUUUCAUCAAGGAUGUCUCUGUACAUUGCUGCAUUCAUCUUUUUAUUUUUAAUAAAU